AUGAUCUUAAAGUAUAAUCAGAGGAUAUCUCUAAGCAUCCCAAACCUGGGCAACACCAGUCAACAGGAAUAUAAAGUCUCAUCUGUGCCGAACAUCUCCAAGAACUACGCAAGUGUCAUUAAAGAACAUGGGACCGAGUUCUUUGAUAAGGAUGGGGUGAUGAAAGACAUUCGAGCUAUUUUUCAAGUAUACAGUGCCCUUCAAGAAAGAGUGCAGGCGGUGUGUUGUGAAGUGGAUCAAAGUGAACGAGUGAGAGAGAAAAUCCAAGAAGAAGUGAACAAACUCAAAGAGGAAAUCGCUCUCAGGAAACGUAACAGCGCUGAGGAAGAGAGAAGACUUCAAGAGGCAGCCGCUGUCACGCUUCCCGAUAACCCUGCCAUUCCCGACUCCUCACACUCUUCGCUGACUCGAGUCAUGCUCUCAGGUCCCUCGGUGGAGCCCAGUUUAGAGAGACCCGUGAACUCGUCAUCUCCACCAAUCUACAGCACCACACUGCUUCCAGAUUCACCAAGCGCUAUACUGCUGCCGCGGCCCCAAGCCGUAGGUUCGCCCGGCCACCCGUCUCCCAGUCUGGGCCUGGGCAACGGAGACGGUUCGAGCUCAGAUUCCCUGAACCGUCAGGCCACCGGCCAGGAAGACCAGGAGGAUGAUGAUGACGAGGACAGUAGCGAGUACGAAAAUUUAGUUAGCGAGCAAUUGCAACCACCUUCCUUAACGGAAACUGUUACAUUAGGACGCCCGGCUACCCUGUGGCCCGACAGAGACGCCCACAGCCCGCCGGGCUUAUAGUAGUUGAACAAACUAACGGGGAUAUUGACGAACGAACAGAACUAGGUGUGAUCGUGAGGUCGGUGGUGUUCAGAACACAAACAAGCACUUGCCUUUUGUGAGUUAUGACAAUGCUGUCCUGUUGCACACAUUUAACAGCUCUGUGCAGGGGACGAACUCUGAAGUGGAAUGGAAUGAUAUCCCCAACCAUGUGGACAGACAAGGCCCCCUUUUCUUCGUUUUAUGCUCUCCUCUCUGGUUUUGUUUGGGUGGAGAGGUGCAUCCUGCUUCUCUCGGCGUCUGCUACUCACUGGAGUCAUUCAGUUUUUGCACCAUUCACCUCUUGCACUGUUUUGCCUUCUUUUGAUCUGCAUUUGAAUAGAAAAGCAAAGGGAAUGAUGU